GGCUCUGUUCUCCCAAAAGGACCUAGAGUUGGGAAGAACUCCCACUGGAUGGGCUGCUCCUGAGGAGAAGAUGGACAGAGGAAGACUCUCUGAAAACAUGACUCCAAAAAACAUGGUGCCUAAUGCAGAAAAGGCCUUCAGGAAGCUAAGGAUCAUCCAAACUCUCCUGUCACUCUUGGUUCUUGCCUUGGCUGCCACUCUUAAAGUUGUGGUUAUUCUCUAUCUUCAAGGGAAAAAUGACCAACUUGAGAGAGCCAAGGUCUCCAACACAGCUCUAAAACUACAAAACCAAAUCCUAGCUCAGAGAUUCUCCGAGCGUUACAUUGUCUAUGGCGCAUAUCUCUACUACUUUUCCUGUGGCAACAUGUCCUGGAACGAUGCUGAGCAGUACUGUGUGUCAAGGGGCUCCCACCUGACGUCAGUGACCUCAUCGGGAGAACAGGUCAGUGAUGUCCUUGGCUGUCCUGGAAGUGGGAGGCAGAGAGGUCAGUAA